AUGUUUUCCCUGACUCCUGUCUUGGUAGCCAUCGUCUGCAUUUUGAUUGUGUGGAUCUUUAAAAAUGGUGGCAGAAGCUUGGAGAAAAGGAGUGGUGAGCCUCCAGCCAGGGCUGAGGUCCCUCCCUGGGUGGAUGAUGCCUUAAAAGACAACUCGGAACUAGACCAAGAGGAAGAAGAUGUGGAUGAAAGACCAGAGUUUGAAGAAAGUGUUGACUUCAUCCCGUUCUCUCACACCCAGUAUCCCGAGAAGGAGAUGAUAAAAAGAUCACAGGAAUUCUACGAGCUUCUCAAUCAGAGACGGUCUGUCAGGUUCAUAAGUGAUGAGCAAAUCCCAAUGGAAGUCAUUGAAAACGUCAUCAAGGCAGCAGGAACAGCCCCAAGUGGAGCCCAUACAGAGCCGUGGACCUUUGUGGUUGUGAAGGAUCCAAACAUGAAGCACAAGAUCCGGGAGAUCAUCGAAGAAGAAGAGGAGAUCAACUACAAGAGAAGAAUGGGAGACAGAUGGGUGAGGGACCUGAAGAAACUGAGAACCAACUGGAUCAAAGAGUACUUGGACACAGCCCCUGUCUUAAUCCUCAUUUUCAAGCAAGUGUAUGGUCUUGAUGCAAAUGGGAGAAAGAAGACUCACUACUACAAUGAGAUCAGUGUUUCCAUCUCAUGUGGCCUCCUCCUGGCUGCCCUCCAGAAUGCGGGCCUGGUGACGGUCACCACCACACCUCUCAACUGUAGCCCUCGCCUCAGGGUGCUCCUGGACCGCCCCGUGAAUGAGAAGCUCUUGGUGCUGCUCCCUGUGGGCUACCCCAGCAAAGGGGCCACUGUGCCUGACCUCAGACGGAAGCCUCUGGAACAGAUCAUGGUGACCGUGUAG